AGCACGCCCACUGUGGACCUGCCCUCUGCUCCAUUGACAUCAUACUGGUCCAACUCAUACACGAGGCCUACUGGAGUUUGGUAAGCUUUGGCCUCUAAUAGUACAUUCAAAGAGUUUAUUCCUUAAAACUACUAAGACGGUUGAUGGAUCUCCCUGCAUUAGAGAUCUUCAUGGCCGUGCUGGGCUUUGGUCUGACCAUCAUGUUCUGCACCACGUUCUGUCGCGCCUGCAGUCGUCUGAGAGAGGAGCAGAUUGAGAGGGAGGCCUGGAGACGAACUGAGCACGAUGGAAGACCACCCUCCAUCUUUGUGAUCCCCUUCCCCAGAAGUCUAUCCCAGGAGAGUGAGGACAUGGUCCACCGCCACAGCCAGGACUUCCCCCCACAGUACACCAACGGGGCCUUCUGUGAGCCCCCUCCAGCGUACAACGAGUUGGGUUUUAAACCGGAUGACCUCCCCCCUGCGUACACAGAGUACAGUGUGCCAAUGUAUCCUAUGCCCCCCGCCCCAGCAACAGUGGACCAAGCACAUGGCCAGUCCCAGCCCUAAGAGCCCUGUCUGUCACAGGCCAGUCCCAUUACUGAACUGCACAUGUUUUCUACCUUUUAUUGUGUCUGUGUUUUUUAUGGUGAGCGCUCUGUGUAUACUCCAGUUUAAACGCAUCAUGAGACCACAUUCCCAGAAGUCACAGUGUCAGUAAAACACUUAAGAUCCACAAAAGGAUUUAUUCCUCUUCUAAUGUGACACUCAUGACUCACGCCAGUGUGCUUAUCUGCCCAUCAUAUUCAUAACACAUUUUCAAAACAUCACUGAAACUAGAACAACUCAGUUGUGUUUACAGACGCAAUGGUGCCACCAUGUGGCCACCUUUGCGGCACCUUAUCCUUUAUCCCUGUCAAUGAUGAUUCUAUGUGAA